AUGGUGUACGAGGCGAACGCGAGGCUGCGGGACCCGAUCUAUGGCUGUGCUGGCGCCAUCUGUCACCUCCAGAAACAAAUCUGCGAUCUCCAAGCUGAGCUGGCAAAGGCACAGGCUGAGAUCCUCAACAUGCAGUGCCAAAACGCCAACCUGUGCGACCUAAUCUGCAAGGUACAAAUGGGCACAGCACAAAGUCCAGCAGUUGACGAAAAUAACAACAGUAAUUUGGGGGUACAAUCAGCUACUGCAUUGGCGUACACUACUCAGCAGAACUCAGCUUUUAUUGAGGAUGCUAACAUGGGAGUUUCUUGGGAGCCACUUUGGACAUAA